UCUUCCCAUCUUCCUCUCAUCUUCACACUACUUGCUCUACCUCUCUCUAUAAUGCUACUGCAUCCAAUCAUCCCUACCCUUAAUAUUCACUAUAUAUCUCAUAUAUAUUCCAACACAUACAAAAAAGUCCAAUUAAAGAUAAAAAUGAAGCGAAAAUUGGUAGAAGAUGACACCACCAUGUUCUCUCCCACCGCCGCCGAUUACCAAGAAGCCACGAUCGAGGUCCUCCGCCGCCCCCGCGGCCGCCCUCCUGGCUCUAAAAACAAGCCGAAGCCGCCCGUCUUCGUGACGCGCGACGCCACCAUGAGCCCCUACGUCCUCGAGCUCCCCGGCGGCGUCGACAUCGUGGACUCCACCGCCCGCUUCUGCCGCAAGCGGAGCGUCGGCCUCUGCCUCCUCAGCGCCAACGGCGCCGUCGCCGACGUCACUCUCCGCCAGCCCUCCGCCACCGUCACCUUCCACGGCCGCUUCGAUAUCCUCUCCAUCUCCGCCACCGUCCUCCCUCCCGGAGCCACCGCGGCGGGGCCCUUCGCGGUGACGGUGGCGGGGCCGCAGGGGCAGGUGGUCGGGGGCCACGUGGUGGGCCCCCUCGUCUCCGCCGGGACGAUCUACCUCGUCGGCGUUAACUUCACCAACCCCUCAUUCCACCGCCUGCAGCCGGCGGAUCACGAAUCCGGCGAUCGUGACUCUCCUCAGACGAACUCCGGCAGCGGGAGUGGAGGGGCGGUGCCGACGUCUGUGUACAGCUACCCGCCAAACGACGUCGUGUGGGCCCCCACCACUAGACAUCAGCCGCCGCCGCCGCCUUACUGAUUGUAAUUUUAGCUCCCUCAGUCCGGCAUUAGAAGUCUCAUUUGAUUUUAACACGAGUUCUAAGAAAUGCUAUAAAGAAGAGUGGAUGGAAAAAGUAGUGGACUGUGAGAUCUGUUUCUA